AUGAAGGCAGCAUGGCUGUACGACUCGAAGAUCCGUCGCACGUCAGAUCCGAAUGACCAGCCAAAGCGUGACCCAGAAACGCAACGGACGCUAUGCGCAGAAGUGGAGGUUAAUGGAAUCAAGGCGUACACUCUGUUCGACACAGGGUGCACGACCGACGCCAUAUCCCCAGAACUGGCAUAUUUGGCGAAGGCGGACCGAGUUGAUCUGAAGGAACAGAUCAACUUGCAGCUAGGAACGAAGGGUAGUCGCACCACCAUCAACUAUGGAGCACUACCGCGCAUUCGUAUUGGACCUAUCGACGGCGUCAACUACAUGGACGUCGUAGAUAUUGACCGAUACGAUGUCGUUCUAGGCACCACGUUCUGCAAUGAGCACAACGUGGUACUUGACUUCAGGAAAAGGGAGAUUUGGAUAGACGGAGUAGCCAUACCGGCUUACACCGCUAUCCAAGAAGCCGAGGUAUUGGGACAGCGCCGAGACCAUCGCCAGAACCGUCUGGCGGCGCACCUACGUGCGGCCACCACCUCCCGACAUUAG